GGGGGGUACAGCGGGAGAGAGAGACAGAUAUGACAAACAUGAGAGCAGGGAGUGUUUAGGGCAAGACUCCUUCCAGCUUCAACAACUGUAUUCACGGAGAAAGAAAACCCCACGUCUGUUGAUGGAAAGAAGAAGUUUUAUCCUGAAGCCUACUACCAGCAGACGAAGGAUUGGUCCUGUGAUGCCUGUAGCUGUGACCAAUGGAAUAAGUCCAUAUGCUCAGUAAAAGCAGUCAAAGGUAACAAGUGACAGGACAAGAGGAAAUGGCCUCAAGUUGUUCCAGGGAAAAAACCUCUUCUCAGAAAAGGUGGUCAAGAACUGAACCAGGCUGCCUACAGAAGUGAUUGAGUCUCCAUCCUUGGAGGUAUUUAAAAGGGAUUUUGGCCACAGAGAAGAAAACUGAAUAUGAUGAAGAACGAAGAAACAAGUUUUAAUGUGGACAAUACCCGAGCCUCUCCCUUCUCUCGCUGCCUGCAGCCACUCAGCCCAGUUACAAAGCCACACAAAACAACUCAAUUUGAUGAAGAAUUCAGGGCACACCUCUCUCAUUUCCGCUAUGGUCCUCCUCCUCUUGAAAACAUGGAAACAUUCCCGGGGUCCUUGGAAGGAGGGUCUCGUAAACGCAAGAGCAUGCCAACCAAAAUGCCUCCUCCCAUCACCCUUGAGGAUUCCUCAUCAUCACCAGACAGACCUGAAGACCACAAUGAUGGAGGCUCUUCCAGUCUCCCCUUGGUGUUCCAACAGCCAGCUCAGCCCAAGUACAGCUCCCAGAUGAUUGACCUCUGCAACUUUGGUUUUCAGUUCUACAGAACUCUGGAGCACUUUGGAGCCAAGCCCAUCAAGCAAGAACCAGUGAAGCCUAACAUGGCAUGGCCCAGUGGCCCAGCAUUCAUGCAGGCUCCUUACCCUUAUUAUCCUAAAGUCCACCCUGGCUUAAUGUUUCCUUUCAUUGUACCACCAAACUUUCAUUUCAGGAACCCUUUUCAAAUGAAAAGACCUCCAGAACCACCCUUUAGGAGGGCUGAAGUAAGAGAAAGUGGUGAAAACAAACAGAAAGUGGAAAGAGUAGAUGUCAACCUUCAGAUAGAUGACAGCUACUAUGUUGAUGUGGGGGGUGAACAGAAACGCUGGCAAUGUCCCAUGUGUGAGAAGUCCUAUACAUCCAAGUACAAUUUGGUCACCCACAUCUUGGGUCACAGUGGCAUUAAGCCACAUGCUUGUACCCGGUGUGGCAAGCUUUUUAAGCAGCUGAGCCACUUGCACACGCAUAUGUUGACACACCAGGGCACUCGGCCACAUAAGUGCCAGGUGUGCCACAAGGCUUUCACUCAAACCAGUCACCUUAAGAGACACAUGAUGCAACACAGUGACAUCAAACCUUACAACUGCAGGAUCUGUGGCAGGGGUUUUGCCUACCCCAGUGAGCUGAAAGCACAUGAGUCUAAGCACGAGAGUGGACGAGAGAACAUUUGUGUGGAGUGUGGUCUGGACUUUCCAACUCUGGCGCAGCUGAAGAGACACCUAACCACCCACCGUGGCCCUAUACAGUACAACUGCACCGAAUGUGAUAAGACCUUCCAGUACCCAAGCCAGCUGCAAAACCACAUGAUGAAGCACAAAGAUAUCCGCCCGUACAUCUGCACUGAGUGUGGCAUGGAGUUUGUGCAGCCCCACCACCUGAAGCAGCACUCCCUGACACACAAGGGUGUGAAAGAGCACAAAUGUGGAAUUUGUGGCCGGGAAUUUACCCUGCUGGCCAAUAUGAAGCGACAUGUCCUGAUCCACACCAAUAUCAGAGCCUAUCAAUGCCAUUUGUGCUUCAAGAGCUUUGUGCAAAAGCAGACUCUCAAGGCCCACAUGAUUGUUCACUCUGAUGUUAAACCCUUUAAAUGCAAGCUGUGUGGAAAGGAAUUUAACAGAAUGCAUAAUUUAAUGGGACACAUGCACUUGCACUCAGAUAGUAAGCCAUUUAAGUGCCUCUACUGUCCCAGCAAAUUCACCUUGAAGGGGAACCUAACCAGGCACAUGAAAGUCAAACAUGGGGUCAUGGAAAGAGGAUUUCACUCUCAAGGUUUUGGAAGAGGAAGGAUUGCUCUGUCCCAGACAAAUGUCUUGAGAAGCUUGGAACAGGAAGAGCCAUUUGAUCUUUCCCAGAAAAGCCAAGGGAAGGGAAUCUCAUUUCAUUCUGAUGGUGAGAGUGCCAAGGGAAGCUCGUGCCAGGAAGAAGAGGAAGACAACUGCUAUGAGGCAGAGCGGUACAGCCCUGCCACGUACCAUCAUGAUGACAACAAGCUGUGCUUGGCUCAAGAUCUCUCUGGCAAACCUGAGUGCGUGAUGAAGGACUUCAGGGAGUCCUACUGCAGUGAGAAGGAAGAGGUGUUAAGUGAGGGAGGACUGGUGAAGAGAAUAGGAAAUUCAGACAAAGAGGAGAGAUGUGGAGAGGGAGAGCUUGCAAACAACAAAGAACAUCUCAGCUUUAGAUCCUUUGAAAAGGCCAGACUUGGUCACUCUCUCUCUGAUUACUUGUAUUUCAAGCACAGGAACAAGAGUUUGAAAGAAUUGCUGGAAAGAAAAAUGGAAAAACAAGCAAUGAUUAUAGGCAUUUAAAAUGAACAUUUUAAAACAGCUGGAAAAUGGUAACCAGAUAGAUUUUAACAUGAAUUGUAAGCCACUAAAGCCUGGAAGUCUGUAAUAGCAUUUAGAAAUAAAUAAGCCAAAAUAUUGAAAAUUAUUUAGGGUAAAACACAUACAUUACAAGAAUAAAGCAGCUCAAGAUCAUCAAGAAAUGAAAGAGAUAUUGAAAAAUAACACUUUUAUAUUUAUCCAUUCAAUGUAUAACAGACAAUGGGUUGGGUACAGAAGUUUACUUCCUAUUAUAUGGGGAUAGAUACAUGCAAUUUUCUACUUAGCAGAAAGCAACAUACUUUAGCAACUGAUUUAUUAUCUGACUAAAUAUAUAUGAACACUUCUAACCAUAUGCCUCAAAAAUAUCUGAAAACACAAAGUAUUUCACAUUAUAAGCCAGAGUACUAUUAAAAAUGGCAUGCAGGAAAAUGCUGCCAACAUUCAGAACUAAUACGGUCCAAAUACUUUGAUUUACUGAAGUGACUCUUAGUUCAAUUACCUACAAUGACAAAUGGGAAACAAAUUAAUAAGAAAUAUUAAUGGUUUGCGAGGCAGUAAAUUUCUGUAAGGCUUUGAAAGGACUGAUAUUUAUUACAAAAGCUAGUCCUCUGGCACAAGGAAUGUUUGUGCUUUGCUGAGUUUCAAACAGUAUGGGAGUAUUCAGAAAUUCUUGAAGUGUAAUAGCAUAGAUUGUGUUGACAUUUUGUUCUACUGUCUGCUUAGACCAAUUUACUGGGCAACAUCAGAAUGCAGCAUUCAGAAUCUUGCCAUAGUUACACAUAACACGGUAUGAGUAAUUUAAUUGAAAAAAUUAUGCGGCUUUCCCAUUUUUCUCUUCAGUUAUCAUGACUAGUAAGGAUAAUUUUGAAAUACAUCGAUCUGAUCAAUUUUUGUUUCAGAAGGUGAAAAUCACCCUUACAGAACUAACAGUACCUCACAGAGGAAAACCUUCCUCUGGUUUGGGUCAGAAAUCUUCUCUUAUUAAACAAACACAUCUUGAGCAGUAAGCUGAGGGCCUUUCAGACAAAUUUCACUCAUGCUGUUUUUAUGGAGUCCAACUCAGUUUUUCACCCUCUGAUUCCCAUACAGUUAUAAAUUUAUAACAAACAUGGAAAAAGCAUAUUCCAUUAAACUUUUAUUAAUUGCAUGAAUACUUUGAACAGCAUAUUAAUUCCAUGUUCAAGAAAGACAAAAAGCAGCCCUGCACCAUCCUAUUGCUUAUCUGGAAAUAAAAAUUUCAUUAAUCAUAAAAUUUGUCCUAUGUCCUUUGGACAUCCCAGCUCAAAAGGUUAAAAUCCAUGAAUAUGGUACAUCUCUUCCAAAUAUUACUACCUUCUUCAUUUACCUGCCAAGUUCUUGAUUUGAAAUGCAUUGCAAUCAUGCUUUGUCUAUAUCAAGUUAUAAUUAAAUAUAUAGUCAUCUACUUAUGGCUUGCUAAGACAAGUCAUGUAGCUGCAGCUCUCUGCCUCUCUAAGAAAACACACACCUUUCAAAUUUAUGAUCCUCAUACCUACCAGUUAAUCAGCAUUCACAGGGCAAAGUCCUUAUUCCUUAUAUAAAACUAAAUUUGUGCAGUCCAAGGCUGCAGGCAGUGCUUUCCUUUUUCAAGGCUCAAAUGUGGUGUAACACACGUGGAAACUCAUGCAGAAACAGCAGUUGAUUAAAAAAGAGCAACAUCCAGGUGAUGUGCAUAUUUUUUAAAACAAAAAUAUUAUGCCAAAUUGAACUGGAAGGUAGGUCACUUUAAACCUAGAAUUUUAAAAGUUGUUGAAAGUGAGGUGUAUUUUAGAGGGAUAGAGUCAUGUUUCUUCAGGGCUGAUCUGUUCUGUCAAAUAUUCCUCUUCCUUGCUUUAGUUGUAAGACAAUGCCCACUGAAGAAAGAACAUCCAUCUUUCUUUCCAGGAAGACAUUGCAGUCAAGCAAAAAAAGUAGAAAAUUUUCAGAAUAACGAGUGUAACUGUAUUUUCUCUUAGACUGCAGGGGUAGGUAGAAAUUCAGCAUGGUCUAGUAGAUGGUCCCUGGCAAAUGGGAGCAACUCCUUCAGUUAACGUCUUGGCACUUGCUUAUCUCUGCCAGACAAAAGCUCCCAUUUGAGCAUGUAUAAAGCCAAGAGCUGGGAGUCUCUAACUCUUAGAAUUCUCUCCCUCUUGGUGAUGUAGUUUCCAGCUGUACAUGGUUCAAGAUCAGUCCACUCUGCCUUUCCAGAUGUAUUAGUUCCCAUGAGAGGAAGAACAUGCGAGAAAUCAGGAAUCUUUGCAGUUUCUAGAAAGGUGAUCAUGCAGGUGGGUGGAAUUCAGCAAAUCCUUCAUUCCUGUGUGUGUAAAUCAGGAAAGUACACAGCCUUUCCAUUGCAAAGUCUUGUCUAUUGAUUGGAGAGUGCUGUGGGACAGCUAGACAAUCCUUAACAAGAAAGAAACCAAGUAUUAUACAUUAAUUGCUGUCCAGACAAAGGGAGCAGAGGAGACAUUUUCAGCAGAGUUUAGCUCCCAGCCACUAAUAUCAAAGGAUAUAUUCUAACUGGCCUUCAGCAAAGCCUUUGAUACUAUCUCCUGUGGCAUACUUCUUGAAAAGUGAGCUCAUAGUUUGGGCAGAUGAACCCUUCACUUUGGUAAAAACCUGUCAGUACAGCCGGGCCCAGAGCGUGGUGGUUAAUGGAGUUAACUGCAGCUGGCAGGCAGUCACCAGUGGUGCUCCCCAGGGGUCAGUACUGUGCCCAGCCCUGUUUAAUAUCUUUGUCAGUCAUCUGGAUGAGGGGAUGGAGAACACUUCAGUCACUUUGCAGCUUCUGGGCCCAGGGCCAGUGGUGUGAGGCUCAGCAAGGCCAGUGCUGGGUCCUGCCCUUGGGUCACAACAACCCCAGGCAGUGCCACAGGCUGGGGCAGAGUGGCUGCAA